GACACGGAAUGUCACGGACGGUGUGAAGUUGACUGCGAUUUGUUGUAAAGAUUUCUGUUGUGAAAACUGUAGGAGAGUAUAGAAAAUGUUUUCAUUACAAUUUUUUUUGCACAAGAUAAAACAUACGAUAAAAGUUGUCGGAAGUAGAAAUUUUGCAGGAAUGGCCAUGGAGAAGAGUCACAGGGUUGCUGUGUGUCAGAUGCAAUCCACAAAUGACAAAGACAAUAAUUUUAGGCAAGUGAAAAAUCUGGUUGAAAAAGCAACAGAUGGAGGAGCUAAGUUCAUCUUUCUGCCGGAGUGUUGUGACUUUGUGGGAGAAAAUCGUCAAGAAACAUUAAAACUCUCAGAACCCUUAUCCGGAAAUCUCAUAGAAUCCUACAAAAACUUGGCCAGGAGCCACAAUGUGUGGUUGUCACUUGGGGGACUUCAUGAGGUCCCCAUGGAGUCUUCAAAUCCUCCAACGAAGAUUUACAAUUGUCACGUUGUAAUCAAUAAUUCAGGAGAUUUAGUUGCUGCCUAUCGGAAACUUCACAUGUUCGAUGUCGAUACUCCUGAAUUUCGCUUCCGGGAAUCGGAAGUGGUGGCUCAGGGUCCAGGAAUUGUUAUGCCAAUAGACACACCAAUAGGCUCACUUGGUCUGCAGAUUUGCUAUGACAUCAGAUUCCCGGAAGUUAGUGGGAUUCUCCGUUCUCGAGGCGCACAGAUUCUCACCUAUCCUUCAGCCUUUGCCUAUGCAACGGGAUUGGCCCACUGGGAGACACUGCUGAGGUGCAGGGCAAUAGAGAAUCAGUGCUAUGUAAUUGCAGCUGCCCAAAUGGGCUUCCACAAUCGCAAAAGGAGGAGCUAUGGACACGCCAUGAUUGUCGAUCCUUGGGGCAAAAUUCUUGUCGAUUGCGAAGAAAAGGAGCUGGAUGUGGCUCUGGUGGAUCUCGAUCUGGACAAAGUGGCGUCAGUCAGGAAGAAUAUGCCUUGUGAGGAACACAGGAUGAAGUGCCAGAACAUUUACUCAAGACUCCCGUUGAGGAUUCAUCCAGAAAGCCAGGGUGGAUUUAGUUUUGGUGGCUUCGACAUUCCCAAGGAGACGGUUUUCUACGAGAGUUCUCACAGCUUUGCAUUCACCAAUAUUCGCUGCGUUGUUCCGGGACAUUGUCUUAUCGCCACAAAAAGACUCGCCAAGAGACUUUCUGACCUUUCUCCUGAGGAAAUUGGAGAUUUCUUCAACACUGCAGUUCUAGUCCAAGGACUCCUUGAGGAAUUCUACGGAGUCUCUGCGUCCAAUGUAACAGUUCAAGAUGGCAAAGAAGCUGGUCAGACUGUUGCUCAUGUGCACUGCCACAUUCUCCCACGUCGAGAGGGCGAUUUCUCCUUCACUGACAAAAUCUACCACGAACUCAGGAAGCAUGACAGCGCCCCAGUGGACACAAAUCGCCGACCGCUCGAGGAAAUGAUCUCUGAGGCCCAAAAGUACCGGGAAAUGCUAAAAUCUAAAGCAAGAUAAUGCUGUUUUUUUUUUGCUGUUUUAGUGCCAUUUUUUGGCUCUUUAUUCCACGGUUUAUUGUUACACAACAAAAAAAAAUGAUGAAAACAAAGGUGUUAAAUAAAAUAGUGUCUUGUGAUACACAA